AUGGAGGAGCCAUUCUCUUAUCGUUUGGGGCUAACCUUAGCAAGUUAUUUUGCAGUCUGGUUUCUGAUGGCGUAUUCAGAGGUGAGAGCUCAAAUUCAAGACCGAUCCAGCGCUCCUUCAUCCCCAUGUGUGGCUCAGAAUCAACCCAUGCAAAAUUUCUCUUUCAUUGGCAAGCCUAUUUCUGCUGAAUGCUUCUGCAAACAAUCAAUAGAGUCUGAUCAACUAAAAAUGUGCGCUGCUUGGAAGCUUUCAUGCAAGCCUUUUCAAGAAACCUCGGACAUCAAAAUCUUCACUAAAUAUAGCAAGGAGAUGUUGAUGAGCCUUAGUCAGGCCGUAAACUCGAAAAGCUGUGAAGAGUACACACAAAACAUCAUUCACGGUAUCUAUGGAAGUACAAAACUAAACUUUUCAACUGUGCAAGAGGCAAUUUCCUACUCCAUUAACUGGGAUUUCUGUGAGGAUAUGCAUAUAAGAAAUAACACAGGCUGUAACUACACCAUAGUUCAAGCUACAGGCCAGAACAACUCCGUGGCUACACGCCGCGAGCUGUUUUAUUUUGUGCCUUCAUUCACGAGUAACUCCCAGCACUUGCGCCUUGGGAAUUUCUAUCGCCUGAAUUUCGAAAAAUACAACGGCACUAUUGCUAACGUUUGCGUUUCAGCUCUCGAUAAUUCUCUUUCUCCAUCAGAAACAAUGGUAGAUUUCACUUUUUUCCCGACCAAGAGGAGAAGAAUAUCGACACGCUUUACAGAAACAAAGCCUGAUAAGGCCUGGAAACGAAACAAAGGUAUACACUACCCGGUCUUACCAUACUUCUACACGUAUACAAUGUACGCAGCUAUACUUUUAGCUCUUCUUUUUAAAUUUUAA